ACUGUUGUACUAUAUAUUUGUAUACUGUGGACUAGCGAAGAAAACCUCCAUCACGCAAAGCACAUUUUCAUUCUGUUCUUUUUUUUUUUUUUUUUGUUUAAUUAUUAUUUUUGUUGCCGCUUUCCAAAGAAAUCAACAUGGAUUCAGAAACAGACCAAUUGAGAAUAUUUUUCCUACCAUUCAUAAGUGCAGGACACAUGAUCCCAAUGGUAGAAGAGGCAAGGUUAUUUGCCAAACACGGUGUUGAUGUUACCGUAAUUAUCACCCAAGCCAAUGCUGCUCUAAUCCAUAACAACAUCGACCGCGAUUUCAGAGCCGGCCACCGGAUCAGAACCCAUGCCAUACGAUUCCCGUCGGCCGAAGUCGGUCUCCCUGAAGGCAUCGAAAGCUUAAGCACCAUCACCUCCAUGGAAAUGAUGGGUUCAAUCAGACAAGCCCUGAAGAUACUGCAACAGACAAUCGAACAACUGCUUUACGACGGCCGACCAGACUGCAUUGUCGCCGACAUGUUCUACCCUUGGACCUUGGAAGUAGCAAAUAAGCUCGGGAUUCCAAGGCUUGCUUUUCGUGGCUGUAGCUAUUUCUCACUAUGCGCUGAAUAUUAUGUCAGGGUCUGUGAACCUCACAAGCACUGCUCUGUGGACUCCAAUUACGACGUCGUUUCGCUCCGUGGACUGCCGCAUAAGAUUGAUAUGUUGAUGUCUCAGUUACCAGAUUGGAGUAGAAAGGUAACGGAUUUCACAGAUUUUAUGGAGGUAAUGACAGGGGCAGAGGAAAAAAGCUAUGGGAUGCUCAUGAACAGCUUUAGCGAGCUCGAAAGCGAUUACGAGGAGUAUUUCAAAACUACGAUGGGGUUAAGAGCUUGGAGCGUUGGGCCGAUUUCUUUAUGGGUCAACAAAAAUGUUCCGGAUAAAGCACAAAGGUACAUUCAUAACACGAAUGACAAUAAAGAAUACGAAAUCGUCUCGUGGCUGAAUUCUAAAGAAGAUAACUCUGUGCUCUAUGUUAGUUUCGGAAGCAUGACUAAUUUAUCAGUGACCCAGAUUAAAGAAAUUGCUUAUGGGCUUGAAGCUUCUGGUCAUCCAUUCAUUUGGGCAGUGAAGAAGAUAGAGAGCAAGGAAUUGUAUUGCGAGGAAGCGUUUCCUGAAGGAUUUGAUGAGAGAAUGAGUGAGAGCAAAAAUGGUGUCAUAAUAAAGGGUUGGGCACCACAAGUGGUGAUAUUGGAGCAUCGAGCAAUUGGAGGUAUGGUGACACAUUGUGGUUGGAAUUCAAUACUUGAAUGUGUGAAUGCUGGGUUGCCGAUGAUCACUUGGCCUGUAUUUGCUGAGCAAUUUUACAACGAGAGGUUUUUGAUUGAUGUUGUGGGAAUUGGGGUGUCUAUGGGAGUGAAAGAAUGGAGUGACUUUGGGCAAGAGCCAAAGGAGGUGGUGAGCAGAGAAGAGGUUGAGAAAGCUGUGAAGGUGUUGAUGGGCGGUGGGGAGGAAGUGAAUGAGUUGAGAAAGAGAGCGAGUAAGCUGAGAGACGCGGCUAAGAAAGCUGUCGAGAUUGGAGGAUCGUCGCACGUCAAUCUUAUUGCUUUGAUAGAUGAGCUCAAGUCCCUGAAGAAUAUCCGGAAUGUUUGCAUUGACUAAGCAUGGCCGCUUA